AGCGGAGGGGCACCCACGAGACCCAGGCCGGGGCCCGGCCCCAGCCCCAGCCCCAGGUGUUGGAUCCCGAGCGGACCCACGGAGGGAAUCGGUUCGGGCCGGAAACAGCCGUUCCAGAGGGACUCGGGUCCGGAGAGCCAUGCCCCCCAACAAAGAAGCCAAUGGCUUCGCCGGCCCCCUGGCCGGACUCAUCUGCCUCCCGCCCAUCUCGGCGGAGCUGCAGCUGGUGUGGACCCAGGCGGCCCAGACCAGCGAGCUGGACAGCAACGAGCACCUGCUCCGCACGUUCAGCUUCUUCCCCUACCCGAGCCUGGCCGACAUCGCCCUGCUCUGCCUGCGCUACGGGCUGCAGAUGGAGAAGGUGAAGACGUGGUUCAUGGCCCAGCGGCUCCGCUGCGGGAUCAGCUGGUCCUCGGAGGAGAUCGAGGAGACGCGGGCCCGGGUCGUCUACCGCCGGGACCAGCUCCACUUCAAGUCGCUCCUCUCGUUCGCCCCCCACGCUUGGCGGGCCGCCGGGGGCGACGCCCCGGCCUCCGGGCCCCCCGAGGAGCCUCCCGGAUCCCGGGACGGGCCCCCGGCCGCCGCCCUGAGCCCCCGGGAGCUCCCUCGGGUGAAGAGGCCGAAGAUGGAGGCGGAGGAGCCCCCCAGGACCUCGGCCCCAAGCUGCCAAAAGAUCAGGGAGCACCCGGGGGCCCCCGAAAGCGGGGCCUCGCACUCCCCUCCCCAGCCUGACCCCUGGCAGGAGCGACCCAGGGACCUCUCCAAGGAGUUGAAGGGCAGAGGGUCCGACUGCCAGGCGCACAGCCUGGGUGCCUCCUCCUGGGGCCACACCGCCGCCUUCGACCUGCCCCACCCACCCGUCUCGCUGCUGGCCAACGGAGCCAGGCAGGAGCCUCUGCCACUCACCCCUCCGUCGUCUUCAUCCUCCUCCUCCUCGUCCUCCUCCUCUUCCUCCUCCUCCUCUUCUUCCUCUCAGGUAUCGACGGAGGGAGCGACCUUCUGCAAACCCCCGGAGCCGCCGCCGUCGCCCCCAGAACAGGGGCUGCCCCCUCACCUGGAGCCAACGUGGUCCCGGGGGCGGCCGGCCCGGCCCGGCCCCGCCGAGGACUUCUUCCCCUGCUCCCAGCCCCAGCGCAAGGUGAGGAGGAAGACCAAGGAGCAGCUGGCCGUCCUCAAGUCCUUCUUCCUGCGGUGCCAGUGGGCGCGGCGCGAGGACUACUGCCAGCUGGAGGCGAUGACCGGCCUGCCGCGGGCCGAGAUCAUCCAGUGGUUCGGCGACACGCGCUACGCCCUGAAGCACGGGCAGCUCAAGUGGUUCCGGGACAACGCGGUACCCGGGCCCCCCGGCGUCCAGGACCCGGGCCUCCCCGGACCCCCGCCGCCGGCCCACCCCGCGCCCGAGCCGGCCAGGGGCCCGGACACUCGCCCCCUGGAACGGUACUGGGAGGCCCACCAGCAGCUGAAGGAGGAUGACCUGCCGCGCCUCAGCCAGGAAUCGGGGCUGCCUCCCCAGAGGGUGCUGGACUGGUUUUAUUCACGCUCGCCCGAGCCGGCCGAGGUCGUGGUCUGUCUGGAUGAAGAGGAGGAAGAAGAGGAGGAGCUGACCCUGCGCCUCGAGGAGCUAACGGAAGAGGAGGAGGAAGAGGAGGAGGAGGAAGAGGAGGAGGAAGAGGAGGAUCUGAUCAUACAGGAUUGAGUGGCGGGAAGGAGGGCUGGAGGAUUUGCUGAAGGCAAACAAACGGUGACUUGGGGCAGACGAAAAAACCCACCGUUUUUCUACCGUGUUGACAGAGAACUGAAGGGCUAUGAGUUUGGGGCAACCUCGGGGAAGAGCGCGGGGAUCCUCCUUAAUCCCUCACUGAUGAGGCCGGAUCGCCAGCUCUCCCGAGAACUACCUUGUGAACCUGGAACACGACCGCCCUUUCCCUCAGCUCCUUCUUUUUUUUUUUUUUUUUUGCAUUCCCCCUACUUCGGGAAGAGGGACCACCUCUCCCAGUCACGGGCGGGAAUCACGGAAUCCCCCGAGUUUUCCCGUUGGAGCACAGAGGACGGGGACGGCGGCCGGGAGCCCUGCCGGCCUCCAGGAUUUCCCACUGAGCUUGGGUUGGUCAGAGCCGUCUCAGCUUCCUCUUUCUCCGAGCACAGACACAGGCGACGCUCACCACGUAGACUAGAACCGUUCCCCCCCCCGCCCCAAAUCCUCUUCUCAGGGUAAAACUGACCGCGUCUACAUCCCUCCAUAAGACACCCUCUCUUAUUCUCCCCGCAAAGUUGAGCCUCAGACAUUCUCCCUCCACCCUGGUGUCUUACAAGCCCCAGGAAGGGCCCCCCCCAACCCCAGUGAACCUCAGGUCCUUUUUAUUGCCACAAGCUUUAAUUCAACCUUGCCUCUCCCACGGUUGUUUCAGCUGGGAUCCAGGGCCGGCCACGUUGCCUACUUCAGUUACAGGGUUUUCUUCCCUGAGACCCCCGAUGAUCUGCUGCCACAGGGGGCUGGAGCCGUUUUGGGGGAGGACUGGGCAGAUAAGGGGAGGGGAAGAGGGUCUCCCGGGUGGGAGACCAAUUUCAGGUUUGGUUUUACAAACCAGCCCUCACCCCCUAGCCCAGAGCCAUACGCUGGUUCCCUGGGGCUGCCUUCUCAUGUAAUUUUGGGAUUGGUUUUUAUGAUUGGGUGGGGGUUGUGUGUGAGGGUGUGUGUGUGUGGAUGUGUGUGUGUGUGUGUAUGGGGGAGUGUUUAUUUUUUAAUUUAUAGUAAACGGGACAGGAGAAGGUAGUUACUCCCCUGCAAUGAUCCACGUUCGGGAAAGGUUUCCACCAGUUUCGGUCAGUUGGAAAGCAAGCGCACGUCAGUGGAGGGUUUCCUAAUCUGAUGAGGGGGGAAUAGGGGUGAGGGAACCCCGAGAAUGAUGGAAAUAAUAAAAAGGCAAAAGGAAAGAACCCA